AUGAACGCUCCCAUGCAGCCUAAUUAUGCCCGGGGGUUCCCCCCGACCGCCCAGCGGUCUCCAGCCGCGCCCCGUCGGCCGCCAGGACCAGGAGGCGCGAUGCCCGUCCCCAUGCCCCAACAAGCUGUCCACGCCCCAUACAUGCCCGCGCAGCGCGGCAUCGCCAAUCCCAAUGAUGCUGCUCUCCGUCGCAGCCGCAAGCCGACUGACAAGAACAUCCCCGACGGAAUUGAGGACGUGGUCAUUGGCGAGGGUGUCGAGCAGUACAAAAGCCUUCGCGACCUGGAGAAGCGAUUGGAUGCCGCCAUUGUGCGCAAGCGACUUGACAUUCAAGACUCGAUUAGCAAGACCGUGAAGAAAUACCGUACUAUGCGCAUUUGGAUCACCAACACCGUCGAAAACCAGCCGUGGCAGGGCACCGGCAACAACCCGGGCUCUGGACGGUAUAAUGUGCGCAUCGAGGGCCGGUUACUUGAUGAUCCUAGCGACCCUACUGUUCCAGAAGAUGAGGAGGAAGGUGGCGAGGGCGAUGCAGCUGGUGAUGAUGCGAUGGAUCAGGACAAAGACGGCGGCGACGCGAAGAAGUCAGACUCUAAGAAGCAGUCCCAGCGCUUUUCGCACUUCUUCAAAAACAUCACCAUCGAUUUUGACAAACCAGUCAAUGCUAUCCCGGACGAGGUGAAGCCGGUCAACUGGUCCAAACCACAGCUGCCGCCCAACGCGACUGCCUCGCCUCCAAGUGCAGAAUUCGAUAGCCUCCAGUUUUCGCGCGCAUCACAGGAGAAUCUGAAUGUUACCAUCGGCUUGGUACGGGAUGAAACUCCGGAGCGGUACAAGUUGAGCAAGGAGCUGGCCGAGGUAUUGGAUGUUGAGGAGGAAACCCGGAGCGGAAUCGUGCUUGGAAUAUGGGACUACAUCCGUGCUAUGGAGCUGCAAGAAGAUGAGGAGAAACGACAAGUGCGCUGUGACCACCGCCUGCGCUCGAUCUUUGGUCGCGAGCAGAUGUUCUUCCCGCAAAUCCCGGAGAUGAUCGGACCUCAUACCAGCCCUAUGGAACCCAUCAAGCUUCCUUAUACUAUUCGCGUCGACGAGGAGUUCCACAAUGACCCAACCCCAACCAUCUACGACAUCCAGGUCGCAGUCGAAGACCCCCUGCGCCAGAAGAUGAUGGCUCUCACUCAGAACCCGCAGUACACCGCUGGCCUGCGCCAGAUCGCGUCUCUGGAUGACCAGGUCGCACUCAUCGUCCAGGCUCUCACCCACUCCCGUGCCCGCCACUCCUUCUACACUGCUUUGAGCAAGGACCCUGCAACUUUCUUGAACCGCUGGGUCAACUCGCAACGCCGCGACCUCGAGACUAUUCUCGGCGACGCGUCAUUUGCCGGUGGUGGCGAUGGCAACGGCCCUGAGUUCCGUCGUGGAGGCGCAAACAGCGCAUGGGAUACUCCUGUCGCCAGGGAGGCAGUGCGAUAUUUGUUGGCCAAGCCCGAAGCUUCUGGGGCUCGGUAG